GGUGCUUCGGUUCCUUCCUGGCGACUUGUCGCCAUUGCUGUGCGGAGUGGGAGCGGUGCUGGACAGCUAAGGCUCGGCCUUUAUACAAACCCAAACCGCCUCAGGAGCGCGGGGUGGGGGUCAAGUCAAAGCGCUGGGCCCUCUCCACUCAUCUCCAGCGGCUUGUUCCAAGCCAGCUUCGUCCCCCACCCCCUCCGCUCUCUCUCUUCCCCUCAUCCUCCCUCCGCUCCAUCUUCACUUUCGCCAUCUUUAGAUUUGGUCACAAUGCAGAGGUCGCCAUGAUGAAGAUUAAAGUUAGGCCCCGUUACGCGAUGCCCUGUGGAAAACCGGUUGGCACAACCAGCCACGUCGUUCCCAUUGAGCUGCUGGAAGCUGACGCUGGAAGAUCCAGACAUGGAAAAGAAGUCUGCACGUUCCGCCUCGGCAGGACCCAGCAAGGUGCCACCCUCGGACAGUAAAAGUAAACAAGAUGGUAAAGGUGGAACUGGAUCAAGAUGCUACAGCAGGAAACGAGACCCAGCUUUUCCCAAAAAUGAAAAUGUAUCUAACCAGACCCGCCGCACCAAUCCACAGAAAAGCAAAGCUUUUGACAAGAGACCCCCUGCACGUGGCAGCAACAAAUCCUUUAGCACUUCUGGUAAUGGUGGUAGACGGGAAGAGGUAGCAGAGGUGCGGAGGGCAGAGUUCAGUCCUGCCCAGUUUACUGGUCCUAAGAAGAUAAGCCUAAACCACUUGUUAAACUUUACAUUUGAACCUCGUGGUCAGUCAGGCUCACAUUAUGAUGGUAAUUGCCAUGGAGGCUGGGGAAGAAGAAACAAGUGGGGACAUAAACAUAAGCCAUUCAACAAAGAGCAAUUCUUGCAGGCCAACUGUCAGUUUGUGGUCUCUGAAGAACAGGACUACAGUGUUCAUUUUGCUGACCCAGAUAUGUUGGUGAAAUGGGACUUCGUGCAGCAGGUGCGCAUCUGUAGUCAUGAAGUUCCUUCGUGUCCAAUCUGCUUGUAUCCUCCAUCUGCUGCAAAGAUAACUCGCUGUGGGCACAUCUACUGUUGGGCUUGUAUUCUUCACUAUCUUUCCUUAAGUGAGAAAACAUGGGGUAAAUGCCCUAUCUGUUAUGAGGCUGUACAUAAAAAAGACCUCAAAAGUGUUGUUGCCAUGGAAACACAUCAGUACAGUGUGGAGGAUACAAUAACCAUGCAGUUGAUGCGUAGAGAGAAGGGUGUUCUGAUGGCUUUACCCAAAUCCAUGUGGAUGAAAGUUGAACCAGUUUACUUGGGAGUAGAUGAAGAACACAGCCGAUAUUCUAAGCUGCUUCUGGCUACAACACAGCAGGUUUUGCAACAUGUGAUCGAUAAAGAGCGAGCAGCCCUGUUGAGACAGUAUGAAGAGGAGAAAGAUACACCUGAAGCCUGCUUUAUUGAAGCAGCAAUGCAAGAGCUCAAGAAUCGAGAGCGAGAGUUGCUGGGCUGUCCUACUCCAGGGAAGGAAGCUCUUGGUGCAAUAUUUAAAUUUGAGGAAUUGACCGUUGCUGAUUCAACAGCAUCUGGAGAGAAUACCACCAAAAGUGGCAAGAACCAAGAUGUAUUGGCUUAUUCGUCUGCAUUUGAUGAAAUUAUUGAUGAAUCUCCAGAGGAGACCAUUGCUGCAGCAUGUACUGAGGUGGAUGAGCCAAUUACUGUUCCUGAAUCAAUCAGCAGUGACAAAACAGGAGCUUGUGGAACUAAUUGUGGAGAACCUGAAAAUGGGCCUUCAAUUGAGGCCACUAGACCAAGCUCAGAAACAACUUACUACUAUUAUUACCAAGCUGAGGAUGGGCAAUAUAUGUUUCUGAGCCCAGUUAAUGUACGAUGUCUGGUGAGGGAAUAUGGUAGCCUGGAGAAAUGUCCUGAGAAGAUCACUGCAACAGUAGUGGAGAUUGUUGGGCAUUCAAUGACUGAGGAAGUACGCCGUAGACACCGCUAUUUGUGUCAUCUACCUCUUACCUGCGAGUUUGGUAUUUGUGAGCUGGCUCUGAAGCCCCCUGUGGUUUCUAAGGAAACGUUGGAAGCUUUUUCAGAGGAUCUGAACAGAAGGAGAUGUCUUCGCUUAAAAAAAGCUCGAGAUGAACGUCGAAGAGAACGUCAAAUUGAAAUGGAAGAAAAUAAAAAGCAAGGCAAAUACCCAGAAGUUCACAUUGCCUUGGAAAAUUUCCAGCAAUUCCCAGCAUGUGGAUCAUCUUUAGGAACUGUACCAAGCAUUGUCUCCCCAAACAUUUCUGAUGCUGAUCCUCUGCCCUCAAGUCGUCUUUCAGGCAACGCCACUCUUAGCAGCCCCAAUUUUUUGGCAGAAUCAGCAUUGAAUCAAUCCGUCCCUGCUUUUAGCCCAGGGAGUCCUUCUCCGUGUGUUGGCAGCUUGGAAGAUGAUGCAUGCUUUCCCUCGUUUGCUCAGAUGCUGAAGGAUGGGAAGGCUAAGGCAGAAGUGUGGCCCAAAGUAACUCCAAGAAAAGCAGAAACCAGUUUGAUGCCCCCACCUGCAGCAGAUAGUGAUGGAGAGAAUGAUAUUUCAGACCGUGUACCUGUACCCAGCUUUCAAAAUUCCUUUAGUCAGGCUAUGGAGGCAGCAUUCCUCAAGCUUGAUAAAGUUCCAGGCCCAGAGUUCUGUGCAGAGGAGAGGAAUGGGAAAAAGAAGAAAAAAAAGCAGACGUUGCUCUUCAGUACUUCAGUAGUUCACACAAAGUAAUUUAGGCACUCACUGCCCAUCUUACCCAUUUCAGUACCACAGGCAGCCACUGCCUGUAUUUGCAUUCAUUGCUGUCUGUGCAAAAAUGAUUUUGUUUAUUUGCUGCUAUAGUUUAAAAAUUUUUGGUUGUAUUUCAAACCUGGAAGAUUACAGCAAAGGCAUUUGUUUGAGUGGUUUGUCAUAGAAAGUUUGCCUCCUGUUUGAAUGCAGGUUUCACAGCUUUGAGGUUGAACACCAUAACCAAUUCAUAUAGCUUGUGACAUGGAAUUUUUUUAAACAAGGGAAAUUCCAAACAAAUCCACAGCUUAACUACUUCUGUGUAGACGUUCACUGGGGAUGAAUUUUUUUUUUUUUUUGCUGUUAUUACCCUGUACCUCAGAAGCAGUUAUUUUGUAAAUAAUUGGCACUUGAUUUUCUUUCAUUUAAUAUGUUAUUAUGCUAGUAAGUGGUGUUUUGGCUCCUCUUACCCCUUCAACCAAUAUCACUGAAGAUUUGCGAAAUAUUCUCCACCUCGGAAAAUCACACUAAUCCAUUAGUGAUAAACACAUUGGAUGGGCCUGUAAUUAUCACUCCCAACCAGGUUAUGUCGAGUGUUAUGCUGUUGGUGGCAAAAUAUAAAUUAACAGUAGCUGGAGUUUCCCUUUUUUGAAAAUUUUAAUUUGAAAAGUAUCUUUUUAAAAAAGUGACUGUCAAGCAUCUAAUGAAGUGUUGAGUUCAGCUUUGUUACUUCUACCCUUCACUUUUCUUUCAUGCAACAGCAAAGUAAUAGAUGCAAUAAAAGAACCUUGUGCA